UCCUCUUUUCGCCCUAAACCCUCAAUUCGGCGCUACACCUCGACACCUCCUUCCCCUGAACCGAAAGACCUCCGCGCUCGUCUCCAGAGAUUCAACGAUCGACUGCCUCCGUCCCUGCGCGCCUACACCACCCCGCUUUUAGGAGCCCCCGCGACACACGUCACCUCGUUUCUAAUUCUUCAUGAGAUAACUGCCAUUGUCCCCUUGUUCGGACUGGCGGCUGCCUUUCAUUACGGGAACUGGCUGCCGGAUUUGACCGCCACCGAGUCUUUUCAGCAGGGCACGCAGCGGUUUCAACGGUGGUUGCGCAAGAAAGGAUGGGUGGAAGAGGAUACGGAGGUGGAUCUUGCCUCCCUUGAUGGGGUAGAGGGGAAGCUUACGGAACGAGUAGCUGGGAGUAGCAGCAAGCAGAAGGAAGGCGUGCGCUUGGUGCUGGAAUUUGCCACAGCUUAUACCGUCACCAAGUUUCUCCUCCCUCUUCGAAUUGCCGCGAGCGUCUGGGCCACCCCAUGGUUUGCCCGAACGGUUCUCGGCCCCCUGGGGAAAGGGGCUCGGAGUCUAUUUAACAGAAAGUAG